UCGCUCAGCCCGGCCUGGCGCUCGGCGCUCCCCCCGGGCUCUUUGUUGGAGGUGGCGGCAUUAGCCGCGCGCUAUGUCCUCCCCCAAGAACGGCUUCUACCGGCAGGAGAUCACCAAAACUCUCUGGGAAGUGCGGGACCGCUACCGGGACCUGCAGCUCGUAGGCUCCGGCGCCUACGGAACCGUCUGCUCCGCUGUGGAUGGAAGAAGCGGCACCAAAGUGGCCAUUAAGAAGCUGUACCGCCCCUUUCAGUCCCAGAUCCUUGCCAAGAGAGCCUACCGAGAGCUGCGCCUCCUGAAGCACAUGAAGCACGAAAACGUGAUUGGAAUACUGGAUGUGUUCACACCAGAUGUCACAGUGGAGAAAUUUACUGGCUUCUACCUAGUCAUGCCAUUUAUGGGAACAGACUUGAGUAAGAUAAUGAAGCAUGAGAAACUCACUGAAGACCGAAUCCAGUUCUUGGUAUAUCAGAUAUUAAAAGGCUUGAAGUAUAUUCACUCAUCCGGUAUAAUUCACAGGGACCUAAAGCCUGGAAACCUGGCAGUAAAUGAAGACUGUGAAUUGAAGAUCCUGGAUUUUGGAAUGGCCAGGCAUACGGACAGUGAGAUGACAGGUUACGUGGUUACAAGGUGGUACAGAGCCCCAGAGGUCAUCCUUAAUUGGAUGCAUUACACACAAACAGUUGACAUCUGGUCUGUGGGCUGUAUAAUGGCUGAAAUGAUAAUGGGGAGGCCUCUGUUCAGGGGAAACGACCAUCUGGAUCAACUCAAAGAAAUAAUGAAAAUAACGGGUACACCAAGUCAAGAUUUUGUGCAAAAACUGAAGAGUCAGGAAGCAAAAAACUAUAUCAAAAGCCUUCCAAAAGUCCAGAAAAAGGAUUUUGCAUCCGUCUUGAAGCACGCGAGCCCUUUGGCUGUAAAUCUUUUGGAGAACAUGCUGGUGCUGGAUGCGGAGGAGCGCGUCACGGCAGCUGAGGCUUUGAUGCAUCCUUACUUUGAACCAAUUCAUGAUCCUGAGGAAGAAAUUGAGGCUGAGAAAUAUGAUGAGACAUUUGAUAACAUGGAUCUAACCCUGGAUGAGUGGAAGCGUGUUACGUAUAAAGAGAUACUGAACUUCAAGCCACCACAAACAUCAGAGUCAAAGGAGACAGCAGUGUGAUUGUAUGGCUUGGUCUUUUCAGAAGUCAGAAGAAAGCAGGAAAGCUGUAAAUGUUUGUAAUAUUUCAGGUGUAUAAAAUUUUUAUAAAUAAAGUGGAUGUAAUGUAUUUCAUCUUUCACUGUAA